AUGGUGCGCGAAACGAGUGAACAUCGCCAGUCUCGUUGCGACAUUCUCAUCGAAGCUGGGGAACAAGACGGCCUACAAUUCCUCUCUGAUACCGAUUCAGUGACUUCCAGUGUCCAAGUUGCACGACCCUCACCCAGGCUCAGCGCCAAACAUCGAGCUUUCAUCAUCCGAACAAUUGCCUUAUUUUGCGCUUGCUGGCUCAGCGUUGGGAGUCACUAUGCAUCAUAUGUAUUAGGACCGCUGAAAAGCCGUAUUUCAAGAGAUUUGAAAACCGGCCAUGCGGAAUAUGGACUGCUGAUUUCUGCACUGUCAUUAAACAGCACAUGGACACCGCUUGUGGGAGGACUAUUAGCAGGUACAUUGGGGACAACUUUGACGAGUAUUCUUGCAACUGGAAUUGUCUUUAUCGGCACCUCAUUCUUGCUCAUUGGUGAUAUCUGGAGUGAUGUGCGGGUAAUGGCUCUCGGUCUGUUUCUUUUCGGUCUUGGGGUGAGCCCUGUCGCAGUGUGCCAAGAAACUAUCAUCGUUCGGUUCUUCAAAAGCCAUGGACUCGGUGUCUCUAUGGCCUUCGGGCUCGUUGCGGGCAAAGGAGCCUCCUUUGUGUCUGCACGCACAUCAUAUCCUCUUACUCAGAAGUUCGGUCCUCGCGCCCCAUUCUAUGUCGCCACAUUUUUGGCCUUCAUGUCUGUUGUGAUCAACCUGGCAUAUAUCGCUGCGUCUAGAUGGCUUAUUGAUGGAGCUGGUGCCGAACUUGAGGCUAUCGACAUUAAUGAAGAAGCUCGUCGUCGUUCUACCCUCAAUAUAUCACAAGCACAAGCAUUAGAGAAAGUUGCCGCAAAACGUCGUGUCCAUCUGAAGGAAAUUACCAAGCUCGGUGACGUUUUCUGGGCUUAUAUUGCUACCAACCUAUUGUGUGGCUGCAUAUGGGCCCCGUUCACACAUCUUGCCGCGAAUAUUAUCGAACUACGCUACCACUUGUCAGAACGCGACGCUGCCAACACGGCAUCAUAUGUCCUUGUUGGAAGCAUAUUCCUCUAUCCAAUUUGUGGUGCCAUCGUCGACAGGUUCAAAAGAAAGCCCAUAGUUGUUUGGUUGUUGCUACUUUCAUCCGCCUUCACUUUAGGCGCAUAUACUUGGCUUGCUCUGCCUCCGAGCACCACAGGGACGGCCAAACCAGCGAUUGCUGCCUUCGGAUUCGGGCAUGGCUUCUCACCACUUCUCCUUGUCCUUCUGGUGCCCAAGAUCGUGCCGGUCAAGUACAUAUCGACAGCCCUGGGAGCCCACAAGAGUCUGGAGCAAACUGGUUCCACGAUUUUCCAAACGUUGGCCGGCCUCGGAAUGGACAAGGCAAAAAGAGAGAAUCGUUCAUCUACACAAGGCAUUAUAAAUGCGUUUCUCUUCCUCAACAUCCUCCAAAUGCUUAGUAUUCUCGUCGUUGCCUAUCUUCAACAUCGACGAGAAGCUCAUUCCAUCCGCUCGUCGAACGCUAACAUCCGCACCGGUAUACCUACUGACUCGAGUCAGCCAUUACUAUCUGGCUCCGAGAAUACCCGACGAUAUAGCUCAAUAUCACGCAUCUUGUCGGACAACGAUGUCUCUCCUAGUGAAACGCGCAGGGGUCGAGUUUUUGCCAGUAUAUCUGCGACUCUCAUAUUCUCAGCAUGGGCUCUCUUCUUAUCCGUUGCUUGGAUCAAUGUGAUCAUAAAACUCUUUCGCCGCAAGAUGGGCGCAUACAAAUAUAUUGGGGAACUCUACAAGAAGAAGCAGUCGGAUGUUCUGCGCUUCCUCCUUCGCGUUCGUUGCUGGGAGUACCGUCAACUGAACGUCAUCCACCGGGCCUCCCGACCCUCCCGCCCCGACAAAGCCCGCCGACUCGGUUACAAGGCCAAGCAAGGCUACGUCGUUUAUCGUAUCCGGGUCCGUCGCGGCAACCGCAAAAAGCCUGUCCCCAAGGGUGCUACCUACGGCAAGCCCGUUCGCCAGGGUGUCAACCACCUCAAAUUCCAGCGUGGUCUGCGUUCCACUGCUGAAGAGCGUGUUGGCAGGCGAUGCGGAAAUCUUCGUGUUCUCAACUCCUACUGGAUCAACCAGGAUGGUGUCUACAAGUACUACGAAGUCAUCCUCGUCGACCCUAACCACAAGGCGAUUCGGAAAGACCCCAGGAUCAACUGGAUCGCCAAGCCUGUCCACAAGCGUCGCGAGGCGCGUGGUCUUACCAGCAUCGGAAAGCAGAACCGUGGGUUGGGCAAGGGCAGUCGCUACAACCAUACUCCGGCGCGGUCCACCUGGAAAAAGCACAACACCCUCAGCUUGCGUCGUUACCGUUGA